AUGCAUUUGAACGAGAGCACCCCGGUUCCCGUGCAAGCCGAGUCGGCCCUGCUCAGCCGUCGUCGCCGUCGUCAAUCGAUGCCUUCACGCAACGGAAACACAGAUCCAACGUCGCCCGAAGUCAUUUCCUCUCUGAUCUCGUCCCUUUCCACCAUAUCCGUGCCUCUAAACUCGCACUUUGACACCGUCCCGAAGAUAGACACUGGCUCAGAUCCAGGACUACCUGAGGUGCCGCACACGGCGCCCGUCUACUCUGUCCCCCCUUCCGAGCAACAUGGGUUUGGAAUGAGCUACGGUGCCUAUAAACCAGCGGUUGAACCACCGGAGCCCCCAGAAAAUCCGUUCCUACACCCGGAUGAUGCUGCCUCAUCGCCUGUCAUUCGCAUGGCUAGAGCUCCCCCUUCACCAAAAGUACCCCGAUCACCACGAUUCAAGCCCUUCAAAGCCGUAGACUCCUUUUCCACCCGUCCAACAUCAAGAGAAUCUUAUACAUCCGUGAUAGCUGCCCCGGAGCCUUCAUCAUUCGGAACGAUCAGUACGGAGCCUGGUCCCCGUUUGUCAACCCCGAGCAUUGCUUCGAAUAGUUCUGCAGGGAAGACAAGAAGCCUCAAGGGUCAAUUCGGGCUAUUGAGGAAAUCCUCAUCACGGGAAUUCCCCGGCGAAAAGGAUUCGCAACACGAGCGCCUCCGAAAGAGCACCAGCUAUAACGACAAUUUACGUCACAACGUUCCGCGCAGCCGAGCAAGUCUGCGAUCGCUGCAUUCUAUGGCAGAAGUUACAGAGGAGCCUCGCCCCGCGGACGUGAAGGAGGAGCCAUAUGAAGACAAAAUGUGCAGCACUCCACCCAGCAAGGAUCACCAAUCCUACCCCAGUACCCCGGACGAUGCAAAUCCUGGCGGAAUUGGAAGCGGGAGAUUUAUUCCCACGCGUGAUUCCUCUUUGCGGCACCGCCAUAGUCAGUCCUCGAGCUCGAAAAAGCGUCGGUCUGCACAUCAUAGUCGAUACUCUUCCACAGCCAGCAAAGACUUCAACGCGGAAAAUGGCUCACCGGGAGAAAGCAACGAUGCAGAGCAGGUGACGCGUCGUAUUCAAGAGUUGAAAGACCAACAACAGAAGAUCAAGACCGAGCUGGAAGUGGGUGACAGCCCUGAAUACUCGACUAGAACAACUCCUGCGAAGCACCCGAAAGGUUCAAAAGUAUCGCGCGUGCUAGGUCACGAAGCCGACCUGGCUACCAUUCAGAACGGACCAGGCCGGGACCAGGCAUCUUUCAACGAAAGUGCUCCAUCACCAUUCGUGAUGACAGGGAAAAGUCGCACAGGGAACCGGCCAGGGGCACCGCUAGCGUCAAAACCUACGGAUUUACCGUCACAGUUGUCUAAGUUAUCUGCUGAAAACCCGGAUUCCGAGAAAGCUCGAUAUCGACAGUCCCUUGAACCAAUCCCGCCAGCCAAACAUCGCCGCACUCCCUCUGGUCAGACGUCCUAUCUGUCAAAUGGGCGUCCUUCCUAUAAUUCCGAACGACCGUCCAGUGCGGACUCGAUUGAUAUUGCUGUUGAUGACUACAUUUUUUCGCCGAAGCUAACCCAGAGAGUAAUCCACCCAACCACCGGCCGCUCCAUCGCAUUCUCUGAAGUCGGCGAUCCCAAGGGUCAUGUCGUGCUAUGCUGUGUCGGCAUGGGCCUCACUAGGUAUUUGAUGGCAUUCUAUGAUGAAUUGGCUCGAACGCUCAAUCUACGACUGGUAACAUUGGAUCGCCCUGGCGUAGGCGAGAGCGGUCCGUACCAGGGAGACGAGCCGAGCACUCCUCUGAGUUGGCCAGAUGACGUUGCAAUUGUUUGUAACCAUCUCCGGGUGACCAAAUUUUCCAUUCUUGCCCAUUCUGCCGGCGCAAUCUAUGCCCUUGCAACGGCUCUUCGAAUUCCGCAGCAUAUCCGUGGCCGCAUUCAUCUCUUAGCCCCGUGGAUUCCUCCAUCCCAGCUGUCUACCAUUGGCUCUCAAAAGGAUCCCGCGCCCGCCAACGCUGUCCCUUACGCCCAAAAGAUUCUCCGUGCUCUUCCUACAUCCUUUCUCAAAGUGGCCAAUUCGAGCUUCAUGAGUGCCACUAGUGCCAGCAUCACCACUAGUCUACCCAAGUCCCCGCGACGGACCAAGCGCAAGCCUACUAGCAAAGAAACAUCUACCGCAAAUCCUGUCCUGCCAGUACCAGCCAUAACUUCCAUGGAAACCAACUCACAGGCCCAACAGGUGGACAUAGCGCAGAAUCUGAAACCAUCCGUUUCAACGACCGGUUCGUACAGAAAGAGUGACGCGACUCUCGCAUCUCGCGCAAAAUCUCCAGAAGACGAAGUCGAACGGCAGCGGGACUACGAUACUCGUCUCACCUAUAAGAUUUGGGAACUGGCCACUACUAAUGCCAACCCAGCGGUUGAUUUACUGAUAUGCCUGGAGCGUCGCCAAUCGAUCGGGUUCCGCUAUGUGGACAUCACACGAUCCGUGGUGAUCCACCAUGGCAGCAAAGACCCCCGCGUUCCAGCAGAUAAUGUCCAGUGGCUUGGCAAAACGAUGCGCCGCUGCGAGGUUCGCAUUCUCGAAGGUGAAGGCCAUGGCCUCAUGGCAUCUGCCAGUGUCAUGGGCAGUGUUCUGACCGAAAUUGCCAAGGAAUGGGAGGACUGGACGAUUCUCGUCCAGGGCAAACGUCGAGCCACUCUUAACCAUGCCGCACGGCCGGGACUCCCGAUUAAGACCUAA